AUGAACGCUGAGACUUGCGUCUCGUACUGCGACUCGCCCACCGCUGCCAUGGACGCCUACUACAGCCCGGUGUCGCAGAGCCGGGAGGGUUCGUCUCCUUUUCGGGGAUUUCCCGGGGGCGACAAGUUCGGUACAACUUUCUUGUCGGCCGCAGCCAAGGGGCAGGGAUUCGGGGAUGCCAAGAACCGGGCCCGCUACGGCGGCGCCGGGCAGCAGGACCUGGCGGCACCCCUAGAGAGUGGCGCCGGGGCGCGGGGCUCCUUUAAUAAGUUCCAGCCCCAGCCGCCCACCCCGCAACCCCAGCCGCCUCCGCCACCACCGCAGCCCCAGCCGCCGCCGCAACCGCAUCUCUACUUGCAGCGGGGCGCUUGCAAGACACCCCCGGACGGCAGCCUCAAACUCCCGGAGGGCAGCAGCGGCCACAACGCGGCCUUGCAGGUCCCCUGCUACGCCAAAGAGAGCUCCCUGGGUGAGCCGGAGUUGCCACCUGACUCAGACCCGGUGGGCAUGGACAGCUACCUCAGUGUGAAGGAGGCUGGGGCCAAGGGAGCCCAGGAGCGGGCAAGUGCCGACCUCCCAAGCCCGCUGGAGAAGGCAGACUCGGAGAGCAACAAGGGAAAGAAGCGGAGGAACCGGACCACCUUCACCAGCUACCAGCUGGAGGAGCUGGAGAAGGUCUUCCAGAAGACCCACUACCCCGACGUGUACGCACGGGAGCAGCUGGCCAUGAGGACGGACCUCACUGAGGCCCGCGUGCAGGUCUGGUUCCAGAACCGCAGAGCCAAGUGGAGGAAGAGGGAGCGCUUUGGGCAGAUGCAGCAGGUGCGGACCCACUUCUCCACUGCCUACGAGCUGCCCCUCCUCACCCGAGCGGAGAACUACGCCCAGAUUCAGAACCCAUCCUGGAUCGGCAACAACGGGGCUGCUUCACCAGUGCCAGCCUGUGUGGUCCCCUGUGACCCUGUGCCAGCCUGCAUGUCCCCUCACGCCCACCCUCCUGGCUCUGGGGCCAGCAGUGUCACCGACUUCCUGAGUGUCUCUGGGGCUGGCGGUCAUGUGGGCCAGACGCACAUGGGCAGCCUGUUUGGGGCCACAGGCCUCAGCCCAGGCCUCAAUGGCUAUGAGCUGAAUGGUGAGCCGGACCGCAAGACCUCCAGCAUCGCCGCGCUGCGCAUGAAAGCCAAGGAGCACAGUGCGGCCAUCUCCUGGGCCACAUGA